AAACAUUGAACAAGUAUAUCAGUUUGUAGAAAAUUGUUCGCUCUACAAGAUGUGAUAGCUUGUCAAGUUCGAAACUAUUCUAAUUAAUCUGUAUCAAUCAAAGAAAAACAGUAACGUUGUGACAAAAAACGGUCAAAAGUGUCACAGCGUUACUGUUUUUCUAGUUUUUCUUUGAUUAAUACAGAUUAAUUAGAAUAGUUUCGAACUUGACAAACUAUCACAUCUUGUAGAGCGAACAAUUUUCUACAAACUGAUAUACUUGUUCAAUGUUUACCCGUUCGUCUUCACUCUUUUAGACACGCUUCUCAGAUAGCUCCAAAAUCGAUUUUUGAGGCUGUUUGUACAACAGCUGUAUUUUCAUAACGAAUCGACGUUCAGAGCCGAGACACUUUUCAUUUUGUAUAGAAAUGAUUAAUCUACUUAGUCAUCUAGUUGCCAUUUUAGAUUAGUUUGUAGCUUUAUUUCAAUAACUUUUCGAAGGAGCAAAAAAUGGAGGCCGUUAGCUGAACAAGCCGUUCAACAGUCAAAAUGAUCCAUGGGUAUAACCAUCAGUAGAAAUAAAAAGAAAGAAAGAUGUACUUGCCUUAUUUCUACUGAUGUUUAUACACACCGAUCAUUUUGACUGAUGAAGUUCUAUAGUAUAGAACGAAACAUCAAAUAAAUAAAGUUGUUACUUUAUAAACAUGUUUAAAAAGGUGACAAUUCUACUAUUUUUACUAAAAACUUUCACCUUACAAAGAAAUUAUUCUAUUGUUUAUAUUGUGUUUAUAUUUUGUUUUCUGUUCUGAUCGUAGUGUAGGACAGUGUCUCACCGUAUGAUUCUGAGGCAUAUAGAUCUAUUACCAGAGAAAUCUGUCAGAGUAUGCACAAAGACGAAAAAAUAUAAGGAUAUAAAUAUGACUUAUAAAAGAAAAUCGAUGGAAACAUCGAGAAGAGUGUUUUUCUGCAAUUUUUUUCAAAAAACUUUCAAAAUUUUUAGACUUUUACCUAAAACAUCCUGAUAGAACGUUAUGUUUUUAGGAUCUGAUUUCUGAGAAUCGUUCAUUUAAUAGUAGAAUCAUUGAAAUUCUACUGAAACAUUUUUUUGAAAAAUUAGUCAAGUCCAGUCUACUAACAGAAAUAAAUAAAACCCAUGUAUUGAAGUUUCCCAGUAAUUUAACAGAAUACUUGAUUAAUGGGAGUAAAAGUGUUUUCUAGCACUUUCCUGCUUAAAAGAAGUUUUCAAAUUUAACUCUAUUAAAUCAAAUGUUCUUCUAUUUAGGCCAUCUAUAAAAUGGUUGGUUCGGUGAUGAAGAUGCCCGAAGAUGAAUCUACAGCAGAAAAACGAACAGAAAAAAUAUUUCAUUUAUUUGAUUCGGAUCGAGAUGGAAAAUUAUCAAUGGAAGAAUUUAUUGAAGGUAAUGUUAAGCAUGUGAAAAUAUGA